AUCAAGAGGUAAAUACCAGUUAAUUUUAAAUUUGUAUUACAAAAAUAUUAAAAUAAAAUUAAUUAUAUAUAAAAAUGCCUUCAUACGAGUUAAUGGUACUCUUGCGAAUCAUGCCCAAAGGUGAAAUUGUAUCAACUUUACGAAGAACAGCAGAUGCAAUUUUUGAAAAAGGUGGUUUUAUACGAAAAUUAGAAAAUUUGGGUACAAAUCCCAUACCAUAUAAAACGAGUUCACAUGGACUUGUACAUACUAAAGCAAGUUAUUUCUUAUUUGAAUUUGAUUCACCACCGAGUACGAUAGCCGAUUUAUAUGAGUUUUAUGGUCGAGACAUUGACAUCAUUAGACGUAGAAUUUAUAAAUUACCAGAACCUAUGGAAGAACAAAUUGAAGAAUGUACGCUACAUGAUGAAAUACAACCACCAGCAUAUAGGAAGUCUGUCCAAGAAAUGGUUGCUCUUGGGCAAAAACAAGCAAAUAAAAAUAAAUUUAAAUAUAAUUCAGGAUUAGAUUAUUAUCCGUUUCAAAAAUAAUUUUCUAUUUAUUGUUAUUAGUCGAAUAGUAAUUUUUUGUAAAUAAUAAGGUUUGAUUUUUAAGUAAAUUACGUACAUAAAUGAUAUUGGAUA